UAGUCAUUCUACACAAAGUUAGUCCUUUGAAGAAUAUGAAAAAUGAAUGAAUAAUAAAUGAUUUACACUAUAAUUUUUUUUUUAACUUUCGAAAUGUCAAAUAAUCACAUUCCUACAAUUUUAAUUAUUGGUGCAGGGCUUGGUGGAUUAUUACUUUAUCAUGGAAUUCAAAAACACUUAAAUAAAAAUGUGAAAAAAUUUAACGUAGUAAUAUUUGAGCGAGAUAUUGGACCACAAGAUCGGUGGCAAGGGUAUAAUAUUGGAAUAAAUUCUUAUGGAAUGAUGUCUUUAAUUUCUUGUCUUCCAGAGACACUUGUUACUCGUCUUCCAGAAGUUAUACCAAAUCCAAUACAUGAAAAAGAAUAUCCUGGUGUAUUACAUUGUGAUCAUAAAGGAACAGAAUUAUUCAGAACACCUCCAACACACUUUAAAUCUUUAUUUGAACUAACAUCCAUUCGUUCACUUUCACUUAUUUCUUAUCGGAAUAGAUUAAGAGAUUUGAUGUUGGAAGGCGUAAAUAUACAGUGGGGAAAGAAAUGUAUUGGAUACGAUGAAUUUGAUGAUGAAGUUUGGGCUAUUUUUCAAGAUGGAACGAGAGUAAGGGGGGAUAUCCUGAUCGGAUGCGAUGGAAUUAAUUCUUCAAUACGAAAACAAAGAUUACCACAUUUACAAUUAUUUGAUUAUGGAAUUACACAGAUACUUAUAGAUGUCACCCCAAAUAAGAAACUUAUGGAUCGUAUUAUUGCUCUGAAUGGAAAUUUUCUAUUUCAAAAAACUUUUGGUCAAGAUGGUGACACAACAUUUUCUUUAAUGCGGUUAAUUCCAAUUGAAAAUGAUAUAACAGAAAAUACACCAGAUGAUCAGAUACAUUAUCGAAUAACCUUUUGUUAUACUUACUAUACGUACUGGGAUACGAGAAAUAAGAAUAUUAAUGUAGAUGACAAUAAUCCUCAAUCAGUAAUUGAUCAUAUCAAAACAUUGAUCAAACAGCAUAGGGAACCUUGUGAGUUAACAGAAAUUUUGUUGGAAUUGGUUUCAAUUGCACCAGCUUCGCCACCAAAAAAAUAUGAAAAACCAUUUUAUAGAACUUAUAAUCCUCCAAGGAGAAGACCAGUACAAGAUAUUAAUCCAAUGUCUGUUGAAGCUUGGGAAUCUACGAGGGUCACCUUAUUGGGCGAUGCAUUACACGCCAUGAAUCCUUUCUUAGGUUAUGGUGCAAAUAAUGCUUUACAAGAUGCUGAAUUGCUUGUAAAGUGUCUUUCAAAUUAUGAAAAAGAUGGAUAUAAAAAUUGUAUACGAGAAUAUGAAAAUGAAAUGAGAGUACGAUCAUCAAGAGAUGUAUUAGAAUCAAGAGAAAACUGUUUAACUCAAAAUUUACCUAAAAGCAAAUAUGGAUACUUAUUUAAUGAUAUUUAUUUAUCAGGAAAACUUUAAUUUGAAUAAAUAAAUAAUUUAUCAAAGACUUUUAUAGAGAAAUACAAUGUAGUAUAGACGUCAUCAUAAUUAAAAAUUGAGUAUUUAUUCGAAUAGGUUGUAAAAUUGUAAGUUUUAUUUAAACGGAUUAGCAUCCGGAUUCACUAUAUUCUUUAAAUAUUAUAAAUUUAAAUGAAAUAUUUCCUAUACUACUUAAGGUUAUACAUCGCAAUUAUCUGUUCAUCCAACUGGAAAAUUUCAUGAACAGAAGGAAAUAAUUUUUAACGUAAAUAUUUCAGAAAAUGUGAAUACAGAAAUAUAUAAUGAUUGGAUUAAACGUGUCACGUUGGCAUACUAAUUUGCCUAAGUUUUAUUAUUAUAUUUUUCUAAAAGAAAUAAAGAAAGUAUAUGUAAAAGAUUAAUAUUAAUACAUUAUGUCAUCAUCAUCAUCAUCAUCAUCAUCAUCAUCAU